AUGGAUCGAUGGACUGGAUUUGUCGGUGGCUGUUCCACCUGCUUAUCGGGUGGAGAGACUGAGGACAUGUCGUCAGAGCUGGACACCAUUCCAAGUUUCUCCGAAAAGCGCGGAAAUUGUCGGAGAAUUGAGCAAAAAGACGCUGCAAUACCUGCGCUACCGCUAUAUGAAGAUGUGUUUGUGAUUCUAGUGGGUUAA